UCGAGAGCACUUUUGGUUCAACUUAAACUGCGCCUUCGUCCAAGUUAUAUAAGCGGAGUCUUCCGUUUGAUCUCCUCCAUUUCUCGGAGCUUGAAUCCGAUCAGCCAUGGCCGAAAUAGAGCUGAAAACAGCACCUGCUGACUUCCGAUUCCCUACAACAAAUCAAACCAGGCACUGUUUCACUCGUUACAUUGAGUUCCACAGGUGCCUGUCAGCCAAGGGUGAGGAGUCUGGUGAAUGUGAAAGAUUUGCAAAGUAUUACCGGGCCCUUUGCCCCGGUGAAUGGGUUGAAAAAUGGAAUGAGCAGAGAGAGAACGGCACUUUCCCUGGCCCUCUGUGAAAGAAUGAAUGUUCGUCACCCGGAAAGCACAGAUCGACAAUUUCUGUUCGUUCUCUCAGAAAGCUAUUUCGGAGUUCCAUAAUUUUUCAUUGCAUCUCAGAAAACAAUAAAGGAUAAUAUUUUGUUUCAAGUCUUGUUGAGUAGUUAUGGCUCAAUUGUUGAUUGUAGACAAGCUCAAUCGAUGCCGUUGCACCUUGGCAUUUGUCAACCCUUUCGUGUUAAUUUGAUUUCAUGAAUCAUUUUCAGUCUUGUGUGUAA